ACAUUCAGAACUCAAUCAAUUUGAGUACUUGCAGUCGAUCAUGACACCUACGAUUUCUACACUAUUCACCACAUUUGCAAUCAAUUACACUAUCAAGUUACAUCAUGUUCUACCAUUUCUCAAGCAAAGCAGCUCUUGUCGACAUCACAUUUCGACAUCAUACUCGUCGAAACUCAUAUUCCACAGCAAGAUACUUAUGCAUUUGUUCAAGAAGUGACUUCACAUUUGAAAAUUCCGGUGAUUAUGAUGUCGCUUGAUAACCGAACCUGUUCUGUUAUGGAUUCCAUUUCCAACGGGGCUUGUAGUUACUGGGCCAAACCACUGGAUGAAAAUCUAUUCAAAAAAAUGUGGCAACAUGUCGUGCGGCAACAUCUAGUGCAAAAGGAAAGCGAGGCUAAAGGGCUUAAAAAGCGAGGAAGAGAACAUCUAGUGCAAAAGGAAAGCGAGGCUAAAGGGCUUAAAAAGCGAGGAAGAGAUGAUGAGGUUCAUGUUUCUAAACAACCUCCGGCAAAGAAAGCUCGUUUCUCUUGGACAGAUGAUUUGCACCAAAAAUUUGUGUCGGCCGUGAAUCAUCUUGGGAUUAAAAAUGCAAAGCCUAAAAAAGUUAUGAAGAUCAUGGAUUGUCCUGGCUUGGAAUUACAGCAUGUAGCUAGUCAUUUGCAGAAAUAUAAAAUGUAUUUAGAUGGUGGGAUAAAAAAUUCAAAGAUGAAUCAGAAGAACAAUGAAACACAAGCACAGGAUCAAGAAAUUGAUGAAACCGAAGUAUUUUUUAGCUUGACUGAUUUUUUCCCCGAUCUUAACGAUGAUGAUAUACACAAUAACAACUAUGCUGUUUCAGCUGAGAGCAUUGAUUCCCCUAGCACCUCUCUUCCACAGCUUGGGCAAUAUUCAAUGACACCACCUAAUCAAUGUGACGAUUCCGACAUAUUUUCUAAUUUGACCGAUUUAUUCCCCAAUCUUAACGAUGAGAUACACAAUGGGAUGUGGUGACUAUAAAGAAGGCAACAUUGAAUAUCUCAUUCCACCUUCACGACAUUUGUUUCUAUUUUAGUCAUAGUUAGUAUAUCAAUUAAGCUUUAGGCUUAUGUUUUGUAACAAGGGCACUAUUAUAAAA